AAAACCUCGAGAUGUUGGUCUUUCUUUCUCUCUCCGGCAGCACUAUGCCUUGACCACCUGUUGAGCUCGAUCUCAAGGAGUGCAAUGCGCUUUCUGCCGAUCGAAGGGGACAAGGAAAGAGCAGAAUCAGUCGCACUGGCUGCUGGCCCUCAAUCCGAACAAUGUGCCUUCCUAGCUGUAUGGUUUCCAUGAUGAACAUCCAUCGCGCUCGCCUCUGGACCCCGCAUGCGAUCGUGUCAUGACAUCCACCGGACGCGUUACCGACGCUUGUAGACGCUGCAGGCGCCAGAAGCUGAAAUGUGACACACUGCGACCAUGUCUUCUCUGUCAAAUCUGCCGACUCUCGCUGCGAGUGGUGUGAGUCCAAAUGGCCACUAUAUCCAAGCGCAGUACCAAGGUCCGCAACCGUCGCCUCGAGGUGAUGGUCAUGAUGUUUCAGACCAGAGUCCAAAUGAAAGCCAGCAGUAUGGUGCUAACAGCUCGGUGAUUGGAUUCGCCCGCAAUGUCUUCAGGAGCAAUGAUCUGGCAUCCCCAAGUAUAACUUCCACGAUCCCAGGAGACCAAGGUGCCCUGCAUCAACCAGGUUCGAGAUGGACCCUACACACCAUGAUAAUGCCUCCGCCUCCCAUCAUGCGGCUUAUCCUGAAAGCGUACUUCGACCGGGUUCAUUGGUUCAUCUUUCUCUUCCACGAACCAAGCUUCAUCUGCCGCGCUGAAUCGUUACUAUCGAGUAGCUCAUGGAUGCGACAGGACCAAGCCGCGAUGAUGGCAAUCCUCAUGGCAGCCGCCAUGGCUCUUAAAUGUGUUCUGGACGACACAGCUUGGCCAGGUCAUUCCCUCCUGGCCUCCUACGCGCUGGAUGCGAAGUCACUCCUGUCCACCCUCAUUACUGAAGUGCGCCUGCAUCUUCUCGAUAUUCUGGAUGAUUCUCAGAUCGAGACUGUUCAAGUUUGUCUACUUCUGGGAACAUACUACAUAUAUCAUGGAUCUCCGAGCCUUGCAUGGAGUAUCCUAGGCAUGGCUAUCAGGACCGCAUAUGCCCUGGCCUUGCAUUGUGAGGAUUCAGAAGACGAACAAAAGAUUGCGACUCAAGUCCGUCAUCGAACGUGGAACCAUGUCACUAUUGCAGACACCUUCGCAGCCACGAUCUAUGGGCGUCCAGCCGGCCUGGAUGCAGCGUUCGCCCAAUUUCAGCCACUGUGCGAAUUUGACGAUACUCACGUUGCCGCGGGUCUUAACCAUCCUGACCAGCGCGGACAUUCGACUACCGGCCUUUCUGGAUUGUCAUUCCAUAUCUUGAAAUAUCGUCUCUACUCCAUCACAAGGCAAGCGGUCGAUAGGUUCCGACUCCUUCGUCUCAAAGAUCCUUUGUCACCCGAAGAUCAAGAAGCCUUGGUGACUGCUGUCUCACAAAUCGAAGCACAACUCGUGGCAUGGCAGAGAGAAGUCCCGCCUCAUCUAUCUGGAGACUUAUGGCAGAACGUGGACCACGCCGGACCAUAUCCUCCCGAACUACUAGGCAUUGCGCACGUCAACGAGGACCAAGCGAGGAUUUUCCUGCUUCAGGCACUGAUGGCAGCUCCUUCGGAUCACUCACAUUCCAGCCGAACCUUCGUCUCCAGGUCCCUCGAGGUCGCCAUUGAAGCCGCAUUGAGAAUCUCCCGCAUCUCCAUGCUCCAACUCAAUCACACUCUCAGCCUCUCGUUCGCGUUCAUGCACUUCUUCACCGCUGGAGUUAUCUUGUGCAUCCCGCCAGCCAGACGUCCAUUCAGCACGAUUGCGCAGGACGCCAAAGCAGGCAUCAUGCGCAUCAUCUUGGCCUGUAGAGGUUUGGGAAGCAGUAGUCAAAUUGCCCGACACAUCGACCAGCUUCUUACGGCGUUAUUACGGGUCACGGUCCUACGCGAGAUGGACAAUGCAUUGCUUAAUCAGGUUGAAGCUUCUGUACCAAGUUUGCCAGAGCAACCCAUUGAGAGGGACGACAGGUCGAACGACAUCAGACUUCCCCCGACUGAGCGAGCAUUCUCGUUCCACCAAUUACCCGCUUCUGUCAUGAAUACUGAUUUGCCUGCGCCUUCGGUGUCAACCCAGCUCACUGGCCAUGGUGAAGGGCAAUUCUCAUUCGACCUGGGCAGUAUGCAUGAUAACACGGGCAUCGCUUUUGACACGCAACUAGAUGAGGCAUUUGGUACUUUUGGACAGAUGAUGUUCAAUCUGCAACCCGACGAUCCUUAUACGCCGUGGAACUGGGGCAGUCGGUCUCGCUGA